AUGGCGAAAUGGUGCCAGCGGUCCUACAGCUUGGAGGUGCUGUCCGAGGGCCCCGAGGCGGGCGGUGGGCGCCUAUGCUUUCGCAGCCCCGUUCGGGGCUUCCGCUGCCAGGCGCCGGGCUGCGUGACGCUGGUCUCGGCGGGUGGUUCUCUGCGCGCCCACGUCCUGCGCAACCGCAGCGUGUUGCUGCAGUGGCGACUGGCUCCGGCCGAGGCGCGCCGCGUGCGAGUCUUCGCGCUGAACUGCUCGUGGCGUGGCACCUACACACGCUUCCCGUGCGAUCGCGUGCUGUUGGGCGCCUCCUGCCGCGACUACCUGCUGCCCGACGUGCACGAUAGCGUGCGCUACCGCUUGUGCCUGCAGCCGCUGCCGCUGCGCGCUGAGCUCGCCGCCACCCAGCCAGAGCUCGCCGAGUGCGUGGAGUUCACCGCCGAACCGGCAGCUAUGCAGGAGAUCGUGGUGGCCAUGACGGCGGUGGGCGGCUCCAUCUGUGUCAUGCUGGUGGUCAUCUGCCUGCUGGUGGCCUACAUCACCGAGAACCUCAUGCACCCGACCUUCCGGCGACCCAGUCUGCGCAGGCAGUCCUGAAGCGCAAGGCGACCCGCCCAUCUGGGUUCCACCUGCCUAAAUGUGCUGAGAUCCUAGGCCCUUUCCCUGCUUCCCUCUCAUUCUCUCUCCCUCUUUACGAUGCCCAUGGAGGGCCUAAUGGAGACUAGCCCAUGCAGGGACCUUGUCAUCAUCCACGACCUUGCCAGCCCCAGCUGGAUGUCCGCUUUCCAGACUCAGGCCUCAGACUGGCCAUGGGGCCCAGACUAGAGUGUCAGCCGCGUCCAGGGGUCUUCCCCAUCUCUAGAGGCCUUUUUGGGCCGGCUGGAAUAUACAGUCCCUCUGUCAAGAGCCACUCACUGGCACCCAGGAUCAUCAACCUGAACUUUCUUCCCGUGCCAGAUUGUCAGAGCUCGGUCGUGAUCGUUGCCUGGUCACUUUGUGCUUUGCAGAUGGGGAGGAGUGACCUCUGGAUCCUGUACCCACCCCACCUUACCCAGUGGGCUUAGGUUAGCUUUGUGCCUUAGUUUCUCUGCCCCACUGCAGGAACCACCCAUCAUCCCUCUGCUGUCCAUGGGGAUUUGUGGCCCUGAGACUGGCUGGCUUAUGCAUGCUUCUGGCCAGAGUCCCAUUGAGGACACACCAUCUUCGAGAUUUUCAGGAGUCUGGGGCAGGGGAUCACAGGUCCUGUUUUGUCUUCCUAUGUGGGUGUCCAAGAAGCCAAGAGCCAUGAUGUAGCUCAGCAGACUGGGCCCAAUGUCCAGCUGCUGCAUCCAGGGGUGAGUGCCCUCCACCUUAGGAGGCUGGGGAUUCACCCUUUUCCUUUCGCUUGUACUGCCUUGAUUAGGACUUUCCCGAUGUUGUGUGUGUGUGUGUGUGUGUGUGUGUGUGUGUGUGUGUGUUGGGGUGGGACUGUUUAGGAGGACAGCUGAAGGGAUCAUGAGGGCUUUAAGGAAAGCUGCCAGCCUCGUCCAACCAGACCCUUAAUUGUGGUCUGGAUCCCAAGCCUCAACCAACUUGAGACCUCAGUGGCCACAGAGCCACUUCACCACCCCCUGUCCUUCUUACAAUAGAGGGUGGAGAGCCUGUGAUCUGCCCCCAGUGACGUUGCCCCUCCAUCUGAAUGGGCAGAGGUUGGCCUUGCCUACCUCCUGACACACACAGGCACCUGGCUGAGGUCACCCAGCCAUCUGAUGAUAUUGGGCACUGGAACGGGUAAGGCUCUGAGCACUGGACUUGACCCUGGCUAUUUUCCCUCCACUCUCACCCCAGCGACCACAAUGACCUGAGCCCUGGCUGGCAGCACUGUACCCUACCUCUCUGUCUUUGCUCUGCCUGCUCCCCACGAGGCACUGGUCAGUUGCCAACAUCUAAAUGUCCAUCACUCUCAGACCAAAAACACUGUCUUGCGUGUUUAUUUGGGAUGCUGGAGGGAAGGUGAUGGGUGAGGGAAGGGAGGGUGGAUUUAGUUCCUCCUCCAAGGGCCUCUCAAGCAUCAGUCCAGUGGCUGGCCCUGAACUUUUCCUGGUGUCGAUGGAUUGGGGAUCAGCCCUAGGCAGUGUUCACUGAAAUGAUGAUUUGACAGUUCUGGCAGAAGGACAGGUGUCCAUGGCUUGUUUGUCCACCCUCAGACCUUGGGAAAGCAUCUCUUUCUUGGUCAGCUGUACUGGGCAUGGGGGUGGGGGAUGGGACUGGCAGUGAUUCGAAACAGCCUCAACAUGCAGUGAUGAGCCAUUUGCACUGUGACAAGCAGCAGUUAGGCAGCUCCAGAAGGGGGUACCCUCUCCAACGUGGGGCUACUGUGUGAGUCACUCACUCUCCCCACCUGGAAUGUCCUUGGGACUCUUGUGCUCCUGUGACCCCUGAAGAAAGCAAAAGCACAGGCAGGGAUGAGCCAGCUCGGAUGAGUGACUCAUCUUGAGGGGGUGGGAGAAGGGUUGGGGGUGUAGGGAUGUGCCUCCACUCAUCUGAGGGGUGGAGGACAUAGCAGGCUGUCUAGACAGCCAGGACAGAAAUGGGAGGGGUUUGUGGCACAGCUGCUGUUCUUUGGGGACCUGGGCUGUUUAUGAGGUGAAUUCUGGUGUCUUCAGCCAGCAUGGGCAGAAGUUGGUAUUCUGGAAGUGCCCUAUCUGCAGUUCCUUAGUGUCCAGCUUCUAGCUCCCUGGGCACAGUCUGGUGCUAACAUUCUAUGAGACCUCCUUAGUCCCUCGACAGGAUUCAGCUGUAGCUCAGGGUUUAGAAUGCUUUCCUAACAGUGAAAAGGUUCUGGGCUCAAUCUCCAGCACUGUAUAAAUUGGGAACCAUGGCAGACAUCUGUACCCCAGCACUCAGGACGUGGAGAGUGGAGGAUAAGCUGCUCAGAGUCAGAUGGGCAUGAAGGUGCAUGUCCUUGAUUCAGGAAAUUGGCCAGAGGCGUGCAGAUCUCUGCGUUCCUGACCAUCCUGGUCCACAAAGUGAGUUCCAGGACAGCCAGGGAUAUCACACAGAGAAACUCUGUCUCAAAGAACCAGAAAAAAAAGUCAUUCUCAUCUAUAUGUUGUGUUAAAGGCCGGGGGAAAGAGAAACAACAACACCCCCCCCCAACUUUUAGAUCAGCCAAAUGGAAAGAAAUAAAUUACGUCCAUUUAAUUAUUGUCCAGGUUCCCCACAAUUAUGCCCCAGACAGAGCUAUAUCCCAGGCCAACUCUUGACAUUUCCAGUAUGAUCCCCUAGGGGCAUUUUGCACUUCUGCUGGAAACGAAACCCUCUGCUCUGCCUACCCUCCAAAACCCAGUCAUGGCAUGUGACCACCUUAGCCUACCAGGAUAAUCCAUAGCCAUUUUCUUUGCAUGAAUUGAACCCCCAUGAGGGGAGUGUCAGUGUUUCUAUGGAAUGACCAGCUUCUUCUAGAACCUACAUAUGCUGAGCUACACACAGAAGCCACCAGAAGCACUCACUCACUGUUACCAGGGCUUAGGACAUCCUCCUAGUCAGUGUGGAUUUUGAGCACUUAAAUGUGGCUAGUGUGACUGAGGAAAAUUUUGCUUUUGAGAUAGGGUUUCAGUGUGUAGUCCUGACUGCCAUGAAACUUGCU